AUGGUUAUGACAUUGAUCACCCAUCUGCACCCUUGGAUUGACAUUGAAUCGACGAGAGAGUUCUUAGAUGGUAGAGAACGGAGAAGACGCAACGGCCGGUCGUCACCAUCAUCACCACCACCAUCGCUCGUUACCACCACCACCAUCGCCAUCUCUCCCAUCCCCCAUCGCUCGCCACCACCACCAUCGCUUCUCAGAUCCGUCUUCACCGGAGUCGCCACAAACACCGUCAUUUACUUAUCUCAGAUCGAUGAAAACGUUGAGUCAGAAGAUGAUGUAUACAGCAAGAAUGAUGCAGAUCAAGGCAAUGAUGAUCAACAUACACGAAUGUUGCAGUCUCUCACUGGAAUGCCAAGUGCAGCCUUUGAAGAUACUGCAGAAAACUUGAUGAAGGUGGAGGAUGCAUACAGACUUUGAGGAAGGUGGAAUAAACAGAUGAAUCAUGAGGAAGGCCAAAGAGAAACAAGGAGCUUGAGGAAGGCGACUACUUAGGUUUAGUGUUAAUUAGGUUUUUGGUUUAAUGUGUUUUAGUUAGUUUUUAAUUAUACCAAUAUUUCGUAGUGUAAAGAAGGAAAAAUGUUUUAUGGUUUGUAUGAAUGUGAUAAUGUUGUGUUAUGGGAUUUAAAUAAUUAUAUUGUUUUUGGAUU